UUUUUUAAAAAUACUAGCUAGCAGCCUUUUAUUUGCUAUUUACCAAGUGUCAUUACGCUAAGAUAACUAGUGUUCUUUUUUCCCUUAUCAGUUGUUUUUUUUUGCCGCUACCCACAAAUAGACGAUCAGAGACUUGACGUUCUUUCGUUUCCACAUUCAUAACAUACAUAAACAUCAGACCACUCUAUUAUGUUCAAAACCCAGCUCACUUCAUACUUGUUCCCUCAAUGGUUCAAGUCUUCUAAACAGGAACCAGUUGCAGCCACAAUACCUGGCCCAAUUCCUAAAAGUUUUACUAUAUCCAAUAAUGACAAUAAAUUAAUCAACAUUUCCAUGAAGGAACAUACUGCAGAAGAUGAGUUUAUUGACAUCCUGUAUAAGCAGUUGAGUUACGCCGAAGUUGCCGAAUUGGCCAAAAAUAAGAAACAAAAGACUAAGGUUGCUCCUGUUCCUAACCAACCAAGUGCAGGUAAAGUGAACGCUAACCAAUUCAAGACCUUAGCUACCGAAGAAGAUGACGAUUUUGAAGAUAUUGCAAGCUCCCCUUACGAUGCAUUUAAAUCUGACGAAGAAUAUACAAAGAGUAGAAACUUUAAGAACAAGCAAUUUGAAAGUGUUCAAAAGAAGAAACAAAGAAAUGCAGAAAACAAGAAGAAGUGGAAGGGACAACAACAAUAACAGAUGGCCGAUAAUAUUGCAAUACUUAGUUUUAUCCUACCGUGUGUUGUUGUAUAUUCAUUUGGUUAUUUGUUUAAGAGGGAGUAAUUAAGUUUGCUUUCUCUAUUAUUAGAAUAUCUACACUUUAGUUUAUUUUUUUGUUUCAACAUUAUUAUAAGCUCUUAUAUAUAAAUACAGAAAACUUAAUAUUCAUC